GGAGCGGGAAUGGGCCGGGAAUGGGCCGGGAAUGGGCGGGAUGGACGGGGCGGGCGGCCCCGCGCUCGGGCUGACAGCGGCGGCCCGGCCCGGCCCGGCCCUCCCGGCGCGGCGCGGCGGGACUUGUAGUGCGCGGCGGGCGGAGGCGGCCGGGCCGGCCCCGGGGCGGACUACAAGUCCCAGGCGGGGCGGGCGGCGCUGUGUGUGAGCCCAGCCGGCGGAGCGGAGCGGAGCGGGGCGGGCGGCGCGGCGGGGCUCGCUCGGCGCCGCAGCCGUAACCUCCCGUCUCUCCCUCUCGCAGCGGCCGCGGCGACGAUGCAGGCGGAGUCGGGGAUCGUGCCGGACUUCGAGGUGGGCGAGGAGUUCCACGAGGAGCCCAAGACGUACUACGAGCUGAAGAGCCAGCCCCUCAAGAGCAGCAAUUCCGAGCAUCCUGGCGCUUCCAAGCCUCCCUUAAGCUCCUCCAGCAUGACCUCACGAAUCCUGCUCCGACAGCAGCUCAUGCGUGAGCAGAUGCAGGAGCAGGAGCGUCGGGAGCAGCAGCAGAAGCAGCAGGCAGCCCAGUUCAUGCAGCAGCGAGUGCCCGUGAGCCAGACACCUGCCAUCAACGUCAGCGUCCCCACCAGCCUGCCCCCCGCCACCCAGGUGCCCAUGGAGGUCCUCAAGGUGCAGACUCACCUUGAGAAUCCAACCAAGUACCACAUUCAGCAGGCCCAGCGGCAGCAGGUAAAGCAGUACCUCUCUACCACUCUAGCAAAUAAACAUGCCAACCAAGCCCUGAGCUUGCCAUGUCCAAACCAGCCUGGGGACCAUGUCAUGCCACCUGGAACGGGGAGCAGCGCACCCAACAGCCCCAUGGCUAUGCUCACCCUCAACUCCAACUGUGAGAAAGAGGGAUUUUAUAAAUUUGAAGAGCAAAGCAGGGUUGAGAGUGAGUGCCCGGCUCUGAAUACACACUCACGAGCAUCAUGCAUGCAGAUGGAUGAUGUGAUCGAUGACAUCAUUAGUUUGGAGUCCAGUUAUAAUGAAGAAAUCCUCGGCUUGGUGGACCCAGCCCUGCAGAUGGCAAACACGUUGCCUGUGUCUGGCAAUUUGAUUGACCUUUACGGCAACCAAAGCAUGCCUCCUCCAGGACUAAACAUCAGCAACUCAUGUCCAGCUAAUCUUCCUAAUAUAAAAAGGGAGCUCACAGCAUGUAUUUUUCCUACAGAGUCGGAAGCCAGAGCGUUGGCUAAGGAGAGGCAAAAGAAAGACAAUCACAACUUGAUUGAACGAAGAAGAAGAUUUAAUAUUAAUGAUCGUAUAAAAGAACUGGGCACUUUGAUACCCAAGUCAAAUGACCCUGACAUGCGCUGGAACAAGGGCACAAUUCUGAAGGCGUCGGUGGAUUACAUCCGCAAGCUGCAGAGGGAACAGCAGCGCACCAAGGAGCUGGAGAACAGGCAGAAGAAGCUGGAACAUGCCAACAGGCACCUGCUGCUCAGAAUACAGGAACUUGAGAUGCAAGCCCGGGCACAUGGACUGUCCCUUGUCCCAUCUACAGGCCUUUGCUCCCCUGACAUGGUCAACAGGGUCAUCAAACAGGAGCCUGUGCUGGACAACUGCAGCCAAGACAUGAUGCCACACCACACAGACCUGUCCUGCACCACCACCCUGGACCUGACCGACGGCACCAUCACCUUCAGUGACAACCUGGGAAACGUGACUGAACCAGCUGGCACUUACGGUGUUCCUGCCAAAAUGGGAUCCAAACUGGAAGAUAUCCUGAUGGACGAUACCCUCUCCCCCGUGGGAGUGACUGACCCACUACUCUCCUCCGUGUCUCCUGGGGCGUCAAAGACGAGUAGCAGGCGGAGCAGCGUGAGCAUGGAGGACACUGACCAUGCUUGUUAGCAUCUGUUGGCACACCUUUCAUAAACUGCUUUGGUUCUUGAUCAGUAGAUGAAAUAAUUUACCUUUUGUAGAAUUUUUUGAUUUUUUUUUUCCCCCCUCUUGUGCUUCAUCAGUGUGUGUGCGUGUGUGUAUAUAUUAUAUAUAUAGGAUUUUUUUUAGAAUUUUUGUGAAGAAACUUGUAUAUUCUAUUUUAAAACUACCAAUGCCUCCAAAAUAUUGUACAGCAUAUGUACAGAAUCUGUGAACUGGAUUCGCCAAGAACUUUGAACUGGUCAAAUCUACUCAAAGCAAUAGAACUACAGAUGAAGAGUCUGUUUCUACUGGGGGGAGGGGGCAAUUGUAGGAUUGUAAAUGCAACCUAUUUACUUGGAAACAAAAUGUAAAGUUUAAGAAUGUAAAGAAACAACAACAACAACAAAAAGUCCAACUUGUAAUUGUAUUAAUUGAAUAGUGCUGCCUUAAAGAUACAGUGUCCCUCAAAUGUUGGUCUUACAUGACAAGUGUUUAGGGAAAAUACCCACGCGACUUCACUCAGAAAACAAACUAAACCCAAGUGUUAAGACAUCCUGAUUGUGUUGAUUGUGAUAUAAAAUGCUGUUGCUGAAACUGCAGGGAGAUGUGAGUGUCUCAGAGUGUUGUUUAAUUUUACUCUGAGCUGAUUUGGGUUUUCCGUUUGAUCAUGGUUCAAGUUUUUCCUCUUAAAUUUUUAUUUUGUUUCGUGACACACAUGGAUGGCUUUGCCAAUGGCAAACCAAGCAGGAGCACUGUAAAUUGGGAUACACUCUCUGGACAAAAAAAAAAUGCAUAUUAUCAGCUGGGCACAUUAUGUUGUACAUAUCUAAUUGGCUUUAUUUUUUUUUUUUUAAUUACAUUGUACAGUUUCUUUUGAUUUGCAUGGAUUCCUUAGUUAUCCUCAACUUUUUUGUUUUAAAUUUAUUUGUAUUUCAUUUGUAAGAUUUUUGCCUCUUAAUAUUGCAGCGAUUUUUUGACAUUUUUAAAACUCAUUGGAAGUUUUCUGCGUUCUUUGUAAACACUUGAAAGGAAGCUUUUAUGCAGGGUUCUGUGUUUUAAGAGAGAUUUUGAGAAUAUUUUGUAUAUUACAGUCUCACUUUGAAAAUGUUUUUAAACGCAUUUAAGGUAGAGUAAAAAUUUAGAUUAGGUAAUAAAACAACUCUGUAGAGAAACUGAACUUACAUAUUUAUUUUUAGUGAUACAGAAAAAAAGUAGUAAUAUGCUUGGAAACAUAACUAUGUAGUUAAUAUACCCGUUAGAGCAAUUCGUGUUCUAUUUCAGCACUGGAGCUGACAUAAGAGAAAAAAAAAAAACAACAAAAAAAAAGAGUAAAUUACUGUAUCUGCAAAUAACUGUUACUUGAUAACAAUGUUAUUAAUUUUUAACAUGCAACCAUGUUGUAAAAGUAGUUGGGUGCAUUAUCUACUCAAGUGUAGUCCUAUGCAAUAACGGUAGUUUUCCUUGUAUUAUAUCCAGCCUAGGUGUUCCACGGAGGUGACAGGUGGUGUUCCGAGCUAGACGGAGGGAAUGGAAUUCUCCAGGGCAGCCUACAGCUGACUGGCAGGCGUAGCUCGUUCAGAAUGAAGUGCCUUAAACUCUAGUUGUAGUCUUCCUCGACUAGCACUGACUGAAGUGUGGCAUAGACAGAGCUUUAGGGUGGUGGUGUGUAGGGCGUUGAGGUUAGCACGGUGCCUACGGAUAGAAAACCAGAGCUUCCCUUUCUCCUUUGUGCUACACUGGAAAUUACAUAGGAUGAGUGCAACGGUGAGUAACUUGAGUGCCAGUUUGGCCGGCUUUCCAAGGAAACCUUGGGUUCAGCAGGUAGUGUUCAGAAACCAAAUGUGAACUGGGAUGGGGUGGCUGGGGAUGGUGGUGGGAGUUCCCAUGGCGCAGCUCGCUGAGCCCUCUCCCAGGCAUUUCCCCAGGGGAGGGCUCCUGGUGUCUCCUGCCUGGCACCUGUGCUCCAGCACAGGGGGCUCUGGCUCAGCAGGGCUGUGGAGCUCAGGGUCUGUGUUCCUGUCACUCUUCCCGUGGCUGUGUCCAGCCCUCCCUUCCUGCUUGAGCCGCCAGCGAUGUGUUAGCAUUGAUGCAACCACGGGGUCGUGGCUUUUUUCCUUUCUUUUAUAGUUUUUGAAAGAGGAGCUUUAGUUGGGUUGUUAGGGUGCCUCUCCCCCUCAUUCAUCAAUUCCCUUUUGGGAAUAUGUCUUUCCUAGGGUGGAGAAGCUCUGGCCCAGGCAGGACCCAGGAGGCUGCAGGAUGUGCUGGGGUCACCGUGGUCCUGGAGCAGGAAAUGCUCAACCCCUGCACGGCAGCUCCUGGUCAAGUAUGGGGGUACAGGCUUCUGGUGCUGCUCUUUGGCUGGGGUGACAGGUAGGGAAAUCAGGGCUGUAGGAAAUGCUUGUAGCUGUAACACAGGGCUGUGUUGCCCCUCCCCAGAAAAUGGGGCAGCUCUGCAGCGUUGGUACAACAAAUCAGGGUGUGUGUGUUGGAGUGUAGUAACUGAGAACCACUGAAUGUAUUGAGUGAGGCUUUUGGUUUGGUGCCUGCCCUGGGCAUUCAGAAAUUCAAGUCUGGACUGUGGUAUAUGAAUAUUUUUCAAGCUCAUGUGAAACCACUGGUACUCACUGACAGCCAUGACUUCUGAUUUUUGGCUACAUGCUGUGUGGAGGUGAGUUAGGAUUCAAGGCCAACCAUUCCAUCAAGAGCUGGAUUCCUUGGCAGAAGUCUCUGUGGCCGCAGCAGCUGUGUUGUGUGCUCCUAUACCUUGUGUUUUCUGGGGUAACACAUUGACUUGUCCAUGCCACUCUUUCCCCCGUGUUUAUUUAGGUUACAGCCCUCCUCUGGAGCCUGCCCACCCUUGGAAUGGUGACACUGCGGUGGGGACACCUCUAGGAGACCCAGACCCCCAGUGGGUGCUAAGAGGAGGUGCCUUUGCCUGUUUGAGCAUGGAGGAGGGUGUGGCUGUGACGUUUUGCAGGGGUUGGUGGCAGAGGACAGAGGCAGCAGUCACAGGCAGGGUUUGGCAUGGGCUAGGUGGAGUGAGAUGGACAGAAGUUGUUGCCUGGUGUGGUGACGGUGACGCUGGGCAGCGGUGGCUUCCCUGAGCAGGUGGAUGGGGAACUGACCAAUUCUCACUUUGCCAAAGCCAUGCAACAGGCAGGGAUGUGCAGAGUACCGUGAAGUUCUUACUGCUUUUGGCCUAUAAAGCAAUAUUUAACUCUUGCAACCUGUAAAAGCAAAAAGAAGGUACAUAAGGAAAGCACAAAGCACAAAAUAAUGCACUUACAUUUAUGUUGUUUGACAUAAAAUGCACUGGGGGGGAAGCUGAUGUUGAUAAUAGUAUAAAUACCUAUAUUUCUUGAAAAAGUGACAUUAAUUACUGCCUCUUGCUAUGAUGCUUGGUACUGUAAUGUUGAUAUUCAUCUGCUGUUGACUGCAGCAAUAAUUUGUGUAUGGUCCAUAGCACUGUAAAUUAUGGAUCAAUAUUAAUGUAUCCAAUGAAAUAAUUUGAACUGUUGUUCUUGAUAGAUGGAUUAAAGCAUUUGGUUUUUCACAUA